ACUUUCAGGAUACACCCUCCAAUCUCAUCCAACGGCAAACAAACAACAGAGAAAAAAAAAACCUACAACAACAACAAAAUGGCCGCCGCCGCACCACCACCACCACCAACAGCCGCAGCCGAACUGAACAUGGAUCUUACAACCACCUACCCACUCUUCACCCGCAUCCGCCUGGCCACCAAACCGGACGUCCCCGUCAUCCACAAAAUGAUCCACCAAAUGGCGGUUUUCGAACGCCUCACCCACGAAUGCUCAGCCACUGAAGCCAGCCUCUCAGCCACCUUAUUUACCAACAACAACCCCUUCGAAUCAUUCACCGUCUUCCUCAUCGAAGUGUCCACAACCCCAAUCCCCCCUACCCCCACCCCCCACCCCAAAUUCACCCCUAUUUACAAAACCCUAAACCUUGAUCUCCCGGUAUCUGACCCGGAACUGAGUAGUUUUGUAUCCUCAACGAUGGAUGAUGGGGUGGUUGUUGCUGGAUUUGUGUUGUUUUUUCCCAAUUAUUCGACGUUUUUGGCGAAACCCGGGUUUUAUAUUGAGGAUUUGUUUGUGAGGGAGUGUUAUAGGAGGAAGGGUUUGGGGAAGAUGCUGCUAUCGGCUGUGGCGAAACAGGCCGUGGCGAUGGGGUACGGGCGGGUGGAAUGGGUGGUUUUGGAUUGGAAUGUGAAUGCGAUCAAGUUCUAUGAGCAGAUGGGGGCGAAUGUUAUGCAGGAGUGGCGUGUUUGUAGGCUUACUGGUGAUGCUCUUCAAGGGUAUGCUGCUAGUUCUGGUACUAAUGAUGAUCUUGAUUUAAUUUGAUUUUUAUGAGGUUGUUUGUUUUGUGGCUUAUGAUUGGGUAAUGCGAGUUGUCAUGUUUGCCCCCUUUGUCCUAAUGUUUUUUUAUGUUGGUAAUGGAGAUAUGUGGGGUGGUUUUAGCUUAUGGACUUUGUAAGCAUUUGGUCUUGUUAUAACUUUGUAACACUAGCUCGCGGACGGCUAUAUCUUGUUGCUCGAUGGAUAGGUUUAUCAUGAA